GUCGUAGUGACGCCAUCAAGUGUGGGCGUUUCAUCAAUCGCAGCUCUGACUCUGUCGCUCUGUAUCUCGAAGCUGUGGAUGCAUAAACUUGCACUGUCGAAGGAAUCGAUUGUCUUCAUCUUCACGUCAACCCACAAAUCGAAAGGCCCGAACCGUCGAUCCCCCAACCAAAAUUGAAAUUGGCAGACACGCACCUUACUUGCAUUUCGAUAACGUCCCUGCAUCAGCGGAAUGGUCUCCGAGCAACCAAGACCGACUUACUCCAGGGAGCAGAUCUCGAAGUACUUCGAGCGUCUGAAGCUGCCGGAGAAGGACCAAAAGUAUGACAUUGCUGGGCUGAACCCUGAAGAUGCCCUAAAGUACCUCACGCUGCUGCAAAAGUAUCAGCUUGCUGCGAUACCUUUCGAAAACUUGACGCUGCACUACUCAGCCCAUCACUCAAUCAAUGUCCAUCCUCAGGCCUUGUUCACGAAGAUCGUCGGCGACAACAAUGGCCGUGGAGGAUACUGCAUGGAGAACAAUGCUCUAUUUGGCACACUCCUGUUCUCACUCGGCUUCAACAUCUACUCUGCUGGGGCUCGUGUCAACGAUGGAGGGGUCUUGACAGGCUGGUCGCACAUGGUCAACAUAGUGACCAUCGGGGAGUCGAAGUACCACGUUGAUGUUGGCUUCGGUGGUAACGGCCCCAUCGUACCAAUGCCCCUGGAUCGCUCAGAUGUUGUCAAGGAGCACAUCAAACCAGCCGCAACUCGUCUGCAAUGGCGUAAUGUGCCUGGAAAUACCGACCCAACCCAGCGCCUCUGGGUAUACCAGCAUCGUCGGGACGAAGACAGUGAGUUCGCUAUGAUGUACUGCUUCACCGAGCUUGAGUUCCUCCCGAGUGACUACGUAGUCAUGAACUACUUCACAAGCACAAGCAAACACGUCUUCUUUACUAGGACAAUCGUCUUGGAAAAGAAGAUUUUGGAUGAUGCUGGAGAGCUCGCGGGGCAGUUGAUUAUGAGUGACAAAGACCUCAAGUGGAGAAUACAUGGAAAGAAAGAGAAGCAAAUCGAAUUCGAAAGCGAGAAAGACCGUCUGGAUGCCCUUGAGGAGCACCUUGGUAUCCGUUUUAGUGAGGUUGAGAGGAUGGGUAUCCAGGGCUUGCCAUCAGAAAUCAAGUAGGACACA